GGAAACCUAGCGUUUCUGCCCACCCUGGAAACAAGCAAACAGCUGCCGCGCAGAGUGGGAGACUGAAAGCAUAUAAGAGAACAGAUUACAGCGAUAAAUUGAAUUUAAGACAACAAACAUCCAAUAAAUUAUGAAUGUUGAACAAGAUGACAUUGCAUCCACAGCAGAUGAUGAUAGGUCCAAAGUUUAACAGGGCCAUACUCGACCCCUUGUUUGUGCUGCUGUUGGCUCUUCAACUACUGGUGGUGGCUGGUCUGGUCAGAGCUCAGACCUGCCCGUCUGUGUGCUCCUGUAGUAACCAGUUCAGCAAAGUGAUCUGUACCCGGCGUAAUCUGCGAGAGGUGCCAGAUAGCAUCUCCAUCAACACGCGCUACCUGAACCUGCAAGAAAACGGGAUCCAGGUCAUCAAAUCCGACAGCUUUAAGCAUUUAAGGCACCUGGAGAUUUUGCAGUUAAGUAAGAACCACAUCAGACAGAUUGAGGUCGGGGCCUUCAACGGCCUGACAAACCUCAACACCCUGGAGCUAUUUGACAACCGCCUUUCCACCAUCCCCAGUGGAGCUUUUGAAUACCUAUCGAAACUGAAAGAGCUAUGGUUGAGGAAUAAUCCGAUUGAGAGCAUACCGUCGUACGCUUUCAGUAGAGUCCCUUCGCUUAGAAGAUUAGAUUUAGGCGAACUAAAAAGGCUGGAGUACAUCUCGGACAGAGCCUUUGAUAGCCUUUCUAACUUGAGGUAUCUGAACCUUGGAAUGUGUAACCUACGCGAUAUCCCAAGCCUCAUGACUCUGCUGAAGCUGGAGGAGCUGGAGCUAUCGGGGAACCGUCUCUCUCAGAUCCGACCGGGCUCCUUCCAGGGCUUGACAAACCUGCAGAAACUGUGGAUGAUGCACGCUCAGAUUCAGGUGAUCGAGAGGAAUGCCUUUGACGACCUCCAGUCCCUGAUCGAGCUGAACCUGGCGCACAAUAACCUGACUUUGCUGCCUCAUGACCUCUUCACCCCACUCCACCACCUCGAGCGGGUCCACCUGCAUCACAAUCCGUGGAGUUGCAACUGUGAUAUUCUGUGGCUUAGCUGGUGGCUAAAGGAGAUAGUGCCGUCCAAUACGACAUGCUGUGCUCGCUGCCACACACCCCCUAACUUAAAAGGCAGCUACAUCGGAGAACUGGACCAGAACAAAUUCAACUGCUACGCGCCGGUUAUCGUCGAGGCUCCUACGGACCUUAAUCUGACUGAAGGGAUGGCCGCAGAGUUGAAGUGCCGGGCUUCGACCUCCAUGACCUCAGUGAGUUGGAUUACUCCAAACGGCACAAUAAUGACUCACGGAGCCUACAAAGUGCGGAUCUCUGUGCUUAACGACGGCACAUUAAAUUUUACUAAUGUGACGGUCCAGGACACGGGGCUGUACACGUGUAUGGUGAGUAAUUCUGCAGGGAACACCACGGCUUCAGCCACACUAAACGUGACGGCGACGGAAAAUAGCACGUUCACUUACUUCACCACGGUCACAGUGGAGUCCAUGGAGCCGUCGAUACAGGUACACACGAGCGACGACAAGUUCAGACCCACGCCUUUCAGCGACUGGGAAACGACCUUUGUGACCACCUCCCUGACUCCUCGGAGCACAAAGAUGACAGAGAAGACGGCCACAGUGGCCAUCACUGACGCGGGAGACAACGUCAUGCCCGGCCUGGAUGAGGUGAUGAAAACCACCAAGAUCAUUAUCGGGUGUUUUGUAGCCAUCACGCUGAUGGCGGCAGUGAUGUUGAUCAUUUUUUACAAAAUGCGCAAGCAACACCACCACCAGAAUCACCACGCUCCCAUCAGGACCAUCGAGAUCAUCAACGUGGACGAAGAGAUCGCACGAGGUACUGCCGUGGAGAGUCACCUGACGAUGCCCGCCAUAGAGCACGAGGAUAUGAACCAUUAUAACUCGUACAAAGCACCGUUCAACCAUACAGUAAACACGAUAAACUCAAUACACAGCUCUGUGCAUGAACCAUUAUUGAUGCGAGUGAACUCUAAGGACAAUGUGCAAGAGACACAGAUCUAACAAAACAAAAAAGGAUUAUAUAAAAAAAAACACAAAGAACACACAAAUUUACAAAUGACAAACAGGACAAGGCUGACUCUACUGUUUAAAAGAAGUGUCUUUAAAGAGGUUUAUUUAUUAAAAAAUAAUUCUAUUGUGAUCUAAAACAGAGACAAUUAUGUGUAUUCUAAACACCGAUUUGACAUACAAUGCUGCGCCCAUUAAUUUAGUCAUCGCCAUGUUUUUCAUAGGAGAUUUUGAUUCUCUGAGGGAUUGUUCCGAUAUUUUGUAAGGAUUCUGUUUCACAUGGGGUUUUUAUGGUGAAUUCUAGUGGUGAGAUUCAGUCUGUUUUGUCUCAUUCUGUUAUUUCAUGAGCUCUUACAACUGGUUAUGACAGGGAAUGCAGUAUUAGAGGUAGAUUUAUAUUAAAUCUUUUAUUUUCCAUGUACCAUCUUGUUCUAUAUUUACAAACCAAACCAUUCUGUGAAGAUUGCUUUACAUGUAAAAAAAAACAUACAAAAAAAAAUCACAUACCCAUGAUCUUUUAAACAAGUCUAGA